ACAUUCAUUCUAUCAUUCAUUCAUUUUAUACAAUUUCAUAUCAACUAAAAUCCAAUCAUUCAACAUCCGCAAGGAAUGGUGGAUGAUAGUGCGUCGUAAAUAUUUUGCGGAAAAUUAUACAAAGAACAUAAUAUAGUGUAUAAUUAUGAUAUGACAAAACCUUGUUAUUUAAAUAGUUAAAUUGUGAAUAUUGUGCAACAAUGGCUGGUGUUUGUGAGAAGUUCUCGAAACGAUUUCUGCCCUUAUUAGGGUGUAUACUACUGAUUCACGUAGCAGAAUAUAUCCCUACAGCCACAGCGGGUGGUCACUGUAUAUGGCAUGGUGUCUGCUGGAACCAGACAGAAAGUCCUUUUAAGAAAACAAACUGCUACUACGAUGGACCAGCAUAUCCCAUUGAAGAAUCCACAAGGUCAAUCAUGGAGUAUUACUGCCCGGACAUCGCGGCGGGUGGAUUAGCAUGCUGUGACGGCGAGCAACUCAGAAAUCUAAAAGAAAAAAUCGCCCCAGCCGAGACCAUGCUCUCGCGUUGUCCAAGCUGCUGGGAGAACUUCGUGAAACAUAUUUGCAGCCUUACAUGCGCUCCCAACCAAAGCGAAUUUAUGUUCCCAAAGGUGCUCGCGGAUUACAACAGUACUACGAAACAAGUUCGUGAAGUAGACUAUCAUUUAAGCAUGACUUACAUGUCUGCUACUUUCAACUCUUGCUCGCAGGUACAAAUGCCGUCGAGCAACCAGUUGGCAUUCGACGUACUGUGCGGCGACUACUCGUCGAGGUACUGCACGCCGCAACGCCUGUUCGACUUUUUAGGCAACGCGUCCUCCCCGUUCGUGCCGUUCCAGAUCAACUACAUCAGCAACGAUACAGCCGGCGACGGGUUCAUACCUAACAAUCCGCCCACCACGCCCUGCAACGUGGGCAAGAAUGGCCAGCCGGGCUGCUCGUGCCUGGACUGCGCGGCGUCGUGCCCCGCGCCGCCGCCGCCGCAGCCGGCGCCGCGCCCCUUUAGCAUCCACGGCGCCGACGGCUACGCGGUCAUCAUGGCCAUCGUCUUCGUCAUAUUCACCACACUGUUCCUUAGCGGCGUCUACUGCUGCAACCAGCAGGAGAAUGCAAUCGAGUGGGCGCGGGCGGCGGAGGCGCGGCGCGGCGGCGGCCCCGAGACCAGUCCGCUGCACAGCCACCGCUCUAGUGUAGCAUCUGAGGGUAACCAGGACAUGCCCGGGGAGCCCCCGUCUGGAUGGACCGGGGAUCAACCCGACGGUGGCGCAGAUCCGACCUUCUUUGAGAAACUCGGCGCUUCCACUGAGAGGAUACUCGAGGACUUCUUCGAAUGGUGGGGCAACAUUAUGGCGUCUAGACCUUGGGUUGUACUGUUUUGGGGUAUGUGCCUGGUGAUCGCUUUAGGCUACGGUAUGAAAUUCACACAGCUGACGACCAACCCGGUCGAACUCUGGGCCUCGCCGAACUCGAGGUCUCGCAUCGAGCGAGAGUACUUCGACUCGCACUUCGAACCCUUCUAUCGAACUGAGAUGGUCAUCAUCAGCUCAAAGGGUCUCCCCACCAUAGAGCAUGAGACACCCGGCGGCACGGUCAAGUUUGGGCCGGUGUUCAAUUCCACCUUCAUGUUGGAGGUUUUAGAAUUGCAGAACAAAAUAAUGGCACUGAACAACGGGCACGGCAUCGAGGAGAUCUGUUACCAGCCGCUAUCGUCGGCCUUCGACAGCGAGGUGACAGCCGACAAGUGCGCAAUUAUGUCUGUGUGGGGCUGGUGGGAGAACAGCGCGGAACUCUUCGAGUCGGACCUCGAAGAUAAUGCAUACCUGGACAAGAUCAUCUCCUGUGCCAACAACCCGUAUACGUGCCUGGCGCCGUACGGCGGGCCGGUGCUGCCGGCGGUGGCGCUGGGCGGGUUCCUGGCGCCGGGCGAGCAGCUCGACCGCAACACGCGCUUCCACGAGGCCACCGCGCUCAUCAUCACCAUCCUCGUCAACAACAAGUACGACAAGGAACAGCUGAAACCAGCCCUCGAAUGGGAGAAGGAGUUCAUCAAAUUCAUGAAGAACUACACAGAGAACUCGAUGCCUUCGUACAUGGACAUCGCGUACACGUCGGAACGGUCCAUAGAGGACGAACUCGACAGGGAGACGCAGUCUGACGUCUCCACCAUACUGGUGUCAUACUUCAUCAUGUUCGCGUAUAUAUCUAUAUCGCUCGGACGGUUCACGAGCUUUUCCAGGCUACUGAUCGACAGUAAAAUCACCCUCGGUCUUGGAGGUGUGUUCAUCGUGCUGGCAUCCGUAGUAUGCUCUGUCGGUAUCUUCGGGUACGCGGACGUACCAGCGACCAUGAUCAUCGUGGAAGUGAUUCCCUUCUUGGUGCUGGCAGUUGGUGUCGACAACAUCUUUAUACUGGUACAGACAAGCCAAAGAGAGGGCAGGCGACCUGAUGAAACAAUUGCAGAACACAUUGGCAGGACGCUGGGCCAGGUGGGCCCGUCGAUGUUCCUGACGUCGGUGUCGGAGUCGGUGUGCUUCUUCCUGGGCGCGCUGAGCGACAUGCCGGCCGUGCGCGCGUUCGCGCUGUACGCGGGCGCCGCGCUGCUCGUCGACUUCCUGCUGCAGGUCACCUGCUUCGUGGCGCUGCUGGCGCUCGACACGCGCCGCCAGGACGACAACAGGUUCGACGUGGUGUGCUGCGUGUCGGGCACGAAGGCGGCGGAGGGCGCGGGCGGCGAGGGCGCGCUGUACCACGUGUUCCGGCACGUGUACGUGCCGUUCCUCAUGAAGCGCGAGGUUCGCGCCUCCGUCAUGAUCAUAUUCUUCGCCUGGCUCUGCUCCUCCGUCGCUGUGGCGCCGCACAUAGAGAUCGGCCUGGACCAAGAGCUCUCGAUGCCUCAAGACAGCUUCCAGCUGAAAUACUUCCAGCACCUCAACCGGUACUUGAACAUUGGACCGCCAGUCUACUUCGUCAUCACAGAGCUCGACUACUCGGAGCGCGACACGCAGAACAUGGUCUGCGGAACUAGGUUCUGCCGCUCCGACAGCGUGGCCAAUCAACUUUACAGUGCAUACCAGUCGGCCAACGAGACGUACAUAGCACAAGCGCCCAACUCCUGGCUGGACGACUUCUUCGACUGGGCCGCCUCGUCCUCCUGCUGCCACUACUUCCCAACCAACAGCAGCUUCUGUCCAAACGACCACGGAUCUCCAUGCAAAGUGUGUAACAUCGAACUCACGGGUCCCGAGAAGCGACCCGACGUGGCGGACUUCCAGCGCUACGUGCCUUUCUUCCUGCAGGACAACCCCACUGCCAGCUGUCCUAAAGGCGGCCACGCGGCAUACGCUCAGGGUGUGAACUACAAAUACCUCAGCCCCAACGUCUCGAAGAUAGGAGCCACAUACUACAGAGGCUACCAUACUGUUCUCAAAACGAGCCACGACUACUACUCAGCAUUAAGAGGUGCAAGGACAGUCGCUGCCAACUUGACCGAGACGUUGAACAGGAAUCUGAUGGAAGCCGGCAAGAAUACAACGGUCAAUGUAUUCCCGUACUCUGUAUUCUAUGUAUUCUACGAGCAAUAUCUCACAAUGUGGCCAGAUACGCUCAAGUCUAUGGGCAUAUCGGUGCUGUCUAUAUUCAUUGUGACGUUCCUAUUGAUGGGAUUCGAUCUGUUCUCUGCUUUGGUGGUGGUGAUAACCAUCACGAUGAUAGUGGUCAACCUCGGUGGCAUCAUGUACCUGUGGGGUAUAAGUCUCAACGCUGUCUCACUAGUCAAUUUGGUGAUGGCGGUGGGCAUCGCGGUGGAGUUCUGCUCGCACCUGGUGCACAGCUUCGGCGUGUCGCGCGCCGGCGGCCGCGCCGCGCGCGCAGCCCACGCGCUCGCCAGGAUGGGCUCCUCCGUGCUCUCCGGCAUCACGCUCACCAAGUUCGGCGGCAUCAUCGUCCUCGGCACCGCCAAGAGCCAGAUCUUCCAGGUGUUCUACUUCCGUAUGUACUUGGGUAUCGUCCUCGUGGGCGCCGCACACGGCCUCAUUUUCCUACCGGUCAUGCUGAGCUAUAUCGGUUCCCCGGUGAACAAACAGAAGUUGGCGAAUCACAUGCUGCGCGGCAAGGAGAUGACCGUUGCGGAGACGUCUCUAACGAGAGCAUAACCCGGAAUCGGGGACGUUGGCGAGUGUUCCCGCGACGGGGUCCCACCUACGGCAGUCUAGACGCCACGCCAGUGGAGCCCCGAGCCACCACCAGCGGCACAGUCAACGGCCUCACGGAGGAGAUGUAACGACACAACUAUGGUUUACAAUAACGACAUAAGUUCUAAAACAAUAUGGUAGUCUUCCCACAUUUAAAUUAAGUCAUAAGUAGGAACAUAUGUAUGACUAGGCUGUAUGGAUCUCGUUCUUUGUCUAUCCGAUUUUUUUUUUGAUGGGUGAAUAUGGUAUGGUAACCCCGCCUGCGCUAACGGGAUACGCUGGCGGAGCACCAGUGAAGGGUUACAGAUGAGAAUAAAAACAGACUAGUUAACCCAUCAUGAUGAAUUCAUCAGGAAUUAACCAUGAUAGUUUCCAGGGAGAACCGCGAGGAGGUCGACCUGGUUGGAUAUAUUGCUAGCAAUAGGAUUCUCAGUCUCUAUUACUAACAAUCCCUUUCCCCCCUGUCUAUCCGAUUUGGACUAACAAUAACAAUUAACUUAUUUACAAUUAGAGGUAUCUGUGGUGCAUGACGUAACUACUACAAAUAGAGUCAUAGUCUCUGCAACAAUUAUUUGUAUAUAUAUACAGGGUUAGACGUAUAAUAUACCAAACAGAAAAUUUAGUGAUAGUAUUCAUAAAACUUAAAAACUUUCUCCAAGAAACAAAUUAGAAAUUUCACGUGGUUAUUAAGUAAGAGAGGUUGAAAAUUUUUCAGAAUUUGAUUUUUUCUUUUUUUGGAGGUAGUUGUACAGUUUCGUUAGUACUGUUACUGGGCCAUGGCUUGGUGUACUCUUUACGACUGACCUUGGCGUAUAAAGCUGUCAUAUAUCUAAUGAAAGUUCAUCCAACUGUCUCAAAGGUGAACAUAACUUAGCAAAAUCAUCAUCAUCAUUCUCAAUUUUCAUCCCGUCACGUUUUAAAAAAUAAUGUAAAGUUUCAUAGUGUCAUGCUUACUUGUAACUAAGUGUGGCAAUGUGAAACGAGACACAUAAAUAUUCAACUAUUAAAUUGUCUAUGGAUAUUUAAGUAGCGACAUUUUUUAUCUAUUGUCGAAAUUAGUCCAAGACGUCAGUUAUUGUAAACCUUAGUUUUAAUAGUGGAUUAUGGACUUUAGUAGUGAAUUCAGGUGAGAAGGGAGAUGAAGGGAGACCGAGCACUCUAAUAGGCUGCGAUAUUUAGGUAAGUAUCUAUGUAUAUUAGUGACCAAAAUCUUUAACCCAUCGUAGUACUUAGUCUUAGGUAAAUAUGUAUGUAACUUUACACAUUUUAAGAAUGAGAUAUUUACCGUGAUAUUUAUAAGCUUCCGAUGUUUCGAUGUUGUUACAAUUGUCCCGUAGAUUUAUUACAAACUUUUAAAAACUUUACAGAUUUAUAUUUUUUUUUUUUAAGUAAGUGACUACUCCGCCCAUGAUCACCCCCAAUAUCUGCACUGCUUUAUUGUGUAUAGAUGUGCUGCCGGCCUUUUAAAAUAGAAUAUGCUCUUUUCAUGAAAAUUAUGAUAUCGUAUCGGUUCGGAAAUACUGUUGCUGGAAGUUGAUUUCAAAGAGUGGUUGUGCGUGGAAGAAAGUGCCUUGAAAAAUGCACGGUGGUGGACCGCCACUCAUCCAGAUGGUUGGGAUGCAAUUUCAGUUUGUACGGUGGUGAAAAUCAGCAGUAGGUAUCAAUCCGAACAAUUCCUCAUUCGUGUGACUAUAAACUGGCCUAUUUUGUUUAUGAUUUUAGUAUACCAAUUUAAUUUGGAAAACUUUAAUCUUUAUAACUGCCAGGUUUCAUGCGCUUAUAACAAGACCUUGAUCACAUAAAAAAAAAGUCUUUAACUCACAAAUGUAUAAUUACCGUAAUUAUCUCGUUAUUAAAAUGUGUAAAGUUAUAAACAACCGUGAUGUAAGUUUAAAACAAUAUAUUCGUAGUUAUAUACUAUAUAAACUGUUGUCAAGAUUGAUAAUUUUGAGCGGAACUGAUCAAGUUAAUACUUCAUCAAGAUGUUUAACAUAGGCGACGAGUCAUAUCAAAUAGUUAAUAAUGAUAAGUAGUGAAUUUUAAUUCUUGAACCUUUUUUUAAAUUUAUGGUCUCAUUUUAAAAUGAAAAUGUUUAGUUAAUAUAUAAAAUAUGUUUUAGAAAAUUAUUAAUUAGAUUUUUUUUUAAAUUGUAAAUGUUUACAUCGACAUUUUUAAUUUCAAAGAUGACAUUUAUAUAUUACAGAAUAAAUUCAAUGUUUAUUAUUUUUAAUUCGUCCGACAAAAUUACUUGACGAUUCGAUGAGAUUGUUUAGAAUAAAAAAAAAAAAACUAAUAAAUUUAUAUAUUAAUAAAUUUAAUGCAACUUAUAGGAAUUGUAUAUGUUCUAUUUUUAAAUUUUAUAAUAUCUUUAAAAACAUGGUAUCAGAAACAAAUUGCUGAUUUUUUUUCUACGUCUAUUAAAAAAAAGUUAAAUUGAUUUUCGAACUUCUCUUAUUCUGUCGUAAUUUGCGCUUCUAAUGCUAUAACAGCCCAAGGCAGAUUUACCCCCAAUAAUAUUGAAUUGCAUAGGUAUUUGUUAGAUAGCUUUUGAUGUAGAUACAUCUAUGUGAUUUAAUGUAUUCUAAUGAAUAGAAUACUUCUUUGAUAUUAUAUUAUACUAGAUAGUCUAUCUUGUAUAACACAUAGUAUAUAAAGUAAUACAGGUAUACCUAAAAUUCAAUUGAGAAAUUUUUUAAUUAACUAUAUGAAUCUUAUAAUCGAUAUUAAUAUUAUAAACUAAAAAAUUAAGAACCAUAUAACAAACUUUUUAGUUGAUAAAUAUAUAUACUUUUUAUUUUUCUCGUAAAAUUAUUAGUACUUUAUAAGUGUGACAGAGUCAGUGUGACAAACUAUCUAACGCUGUCACACUAACUGAGUCACUGUGAUAUAGUACUGAAGCUUAUACUUGUAAAUAGAUAUUAUUAGAUAAAAGCUAAUUGACUGUUGGGUUUUUAAACUUUAUUGUUUUCCUUUGCCUGUGCCUUCAGAUGUCAAUUUGACGUUAAGCGUAUAGAUAAAAUCUAAUAUGUUACCUAUAUGUUAGAAAGUUCUCAAAAAGCUACUCUGCUCUGGCAAAUUGACGUAGUGUAGGGCAACACCAUAGACAAACAAACUGUCUUCAAAGUAAAUUUCGCGGUAAAUUAUUUACUUGUACAAUGAUGCUUGCGCAGUAUUAAUAUCUUUUGUGCGUAAAUUUAAUACUGUGCAAGUAAUCAUUUCAAAUUUUUUGCCAAUAUUAGUGGUUUAUUGCUCAGUGGUUUAACUAAUUAUCAUGGUUGAGUUACGAUAUAGAUUUGACAAAUAAUUAUCGAUUAAUUCACUAAUAUUUUUAUUAAUUCUAAUAAUGUCCUAAUUAAAGACGUUCUUGAUUAAUCCAUUUUAUAUAAUUUUUUAUACUACUUUGAGUCUGACAUAGAAGCUAAGCAACUCACCUGAAAAAAUACAUUAGUUUUUGUAUACUGCUUACAUAAAAUGGAAACUAAGCUGAUGAGACGACACACUUGAUGAAAAGUAGUAACUGUCGACUAUAAACUACAUUGUGAUGACAGAUCUAACUACUACUAAAUGAAGGCUCUAUUAGUAGCUAUAAUUGUGGUUUUAUUACUCAUAGUAAUUACAGCCUAAUAUUAUAUACUUAUAGAUACCUUUUAGGCGGUUUUUAUAAGACACAGAUUACCAGUCUUAUUAUCAGCUCUGACAUUGUAAGAUAAAUAAUUUUUGAAUGAAAGAGAAUAUAAUAAAGAUCGCCGUUUUAAAUACACAAUAAAUGUUUUAAUUUAAUUCCAAUCACAAAUAAGUGCAAAAAAUUUGCUUUGUAUAUUUUACUUUUAUCAGACUCCCAAAAAUAGAGCAUAACCUACAGUAACCGUCUUUUAGACAGGAACAAUACUAUGGAUUUCACAGAAUAAAUAAGCACUCUGUAUUUGGAGUAAAGAAGGUCGAUACCUUAGUCACUCUAAAUAUACGACGAGUAUCACAGUCUUUGGUAUUAUGUCAUUGUCAGCUACCGUUGGAUUACAAUUUGUAGUAUUUUUUACAAAUUUGGUUUGUCUUAUACUUAUGUAUCUUAGAAACAUUUGACGGUCUAAUUAGACUAUAAUUAAUAAAUAAAAUACAUAGUACUAUAGCUACGUCAGAGUCAUUUAGCAUUUCGUGCUUCACUUGUGUUACGCUUUUCUGGUUCAUGUGCGUGUUAAUACUAUAAUCCGUAUUUGUCUUAACAGAUCUAUUUUUAGAAAUAUUUUGUAAAUAAGUACCAUACGGUGCUUAACAUAUAUAUGUUGGAUAUCCAAAAGAGUGCACUUCAGUCUUCGUACUGGUAGGUAAACACUUUUUUUUAUCUACGCUAUGAAACUGGCAGGUACCACAUCUAGGAUGACAGUCAUAAGCAUGUUAAUUUUAUUUUUAUUCAUUUGACAUGAUAUUAUUACUCAUAUAUAAUUGCCAGAAUUAUUAUUGGAGCCGAUUCUCUGGCGCUAUUUCUCUCAACCUAUUUCUUAAUUUAAUAUUUUAAUGUAAUAAUUUUUGAAAAAUUAUUGUUUUAAAUCAUCAUUAAAUAAAUUUAUUAUAUUUUUUUUACUUUUAUCUAUUAGAAAAUUAUUACACAUAGGAAUCUAUAGGCUACGGUAAUUGUUUACCAUCAGACUUGUUUACUACCAUAAUAAUAUUAAAAAAACACACCGGUCCUUACGAUAAAGAUUUCGCUUUGAUAUCAAUUUACAAUUUUUUUUAGAGAUUGAUUAAGAGAAAUGGCACCUCAAAAUUGAACUCUAUAAUGACGUUAAAUUACCCUCUCCACUACAAUUAUUAACCUAGAUUAUUCGAAAUAUUCAUAUCGCCCUAUUCAUAAAAACGUUGAACGUCCAUUAACGGUAAAUAUUGUAGGCGAUAGUGUUUUGUCACUUUUGAGUUAAAUUCAGAAUUUAAUAAAGUGACAAAACACGAAUGAUAUAUUUAAAAAUAGAUAAAUAGGUAAGGGAAAGCAGGUUGUACGUUUUUAUAAAUAGACGAUUAAUAUUUCGUAACGUUAGGGUUAAAAACAAUUGUGAUAUAUUUUUUAUAUCUUUCUUUUAAAUUAAGUAAGUAGGUACAUUUGCUAUAAAAGGGGCGAUGCAUACUUUUUCACAAAUUGUAACUUGAUUGUACCUACAGUAGAAACAAUCUCAUCUUUAAAAAGCUGUUGACAAUCCACUCUCUUCUACAAUUGGUCGUCGAUUAAGUCGAUGUCGAUAUAAUUGACGGCAAACAACUUGAGCAAACCAUAGACAAUGCUGCUUGCGCAGUGGAACUUUUUAUACGAAAUUAAAAUUGUUACUGCGCAAGUCAUAAUACAUAAUUAUAUCAUGCUCAAGCUAUUUGCCGGUAUGUAUACCUAAUAAAUUCGACUGAAAUUUACGUCAGUAGACAUUAGGUACAAAUACUUUAUGCAUUGAAUGUAACUUUUGUAAUUAGCGAUUCUCGCGCCUACUAUGAUGUAAUUAUCAGCGUUUUUUUUUUUUAAUAUAAUGUACAGGUUGUUAGACUUAUCGUUGGUAAAAAAAAUAUUAGGGAGAGUUUAGUUGGACUAAUUAGAACAGAAUGUGAAUCUAAGUCUGUUUCACUUUUUAAUUGAUAUUUAACGCUAUAACAACAAAAUAAAUAGGUUUAUUAAUUAAAGGAUAAAAGUAUUAAUUGUUAUAUUGUUUGAAAUAUUCAUGUAUUCGAGUAGGUAAUAUUUUUUAAUAAUUUACUGUAAUUUUUUUUAUCCAUCCAAAUAAAGUAAAAAGAAAGUAGAAUGAAAAAUUUUAAGUUGUUAUAGUUUCGCUCUAAAUCGAUUUAGAUUCCUAAUUCAAAUUGUUCUUACCUUCUCUACUGCCCUUUGACCAACGAUUUGUCUAAUAUCCCGCAGUAAAUACAUGUAUCUGUAUCAUACAAUGGAAAAUCUAUUGAGUGUUGUUUAUAAAUUAUGUGUAAUAGCGUUUGUAAUGAAAAUAAAUAUGUUAAAAACAA